CCCAUAAUGAAGGAAACCUAACAAUAGUGAUUUCAGAUCGUUGGCUGUAGAUCUCGGCCAUGGCGUACCCGACGUUGGAGAUCACCUUGGUCUCGGCCAAGGGUCUCAAGGACGUCAACCUCUUUUUCAAAAUGGCCGUCUACGCCGUGGUCUCCCUCUCCGAUAACCGUCUGGCACGGCAGCGCACGCCGCCUGACCGCGAGGGCGGCCGCAACCCUUCCUGGAACUCUACUCUCCACCUUACCAUCCCUGCCGAUGGCGACCUCGCCUGCCACUUCCUCCACAUCCUCCUCCGCACCAAGCGCGUCCUCGGAGAUCGCGACGUGGGCGAGGUCCGCGUCCCGCUUCCGGAGCUCCUCUCUGGGGCCGGCGACGGCCCAACCUCCGUCCAGUUCGUCAGCUACCAGGUUCACAGGGUGACCUCCGGAAAGCCCAAGGGCAUUCUCAACUUCUCCUACAAGCUUAGCGAGCGCGUCGCCGUGUCGGCCUCGGAGGCCUCCACGUAUCAGCCUUCUACCACAGCGUUCCCCACGGCCGCCGGCACUGUGCCGUACCCUCCACCACCUCUUCCUCCUCCUAUAUCAAACGCAGACGAGCCCGUGAUGGCGUACCCGGCAGGGACAAGCUCAGCCGCCUACGCAGCACACGGCGUGGCCGCGCCGCCGUAUGGGUACGGAUACCCGCCCGUGGGUUACGGGUACGGAUACCCUCCAGCGGGGCACGGAUACGGGUAUGGGGCAGCUCUGCCACCGGCGGUACGGCCACAAAGGGAUAACAAGAUGGGGAUGGGGAUGGGGAUGGGUAUGGGUAUGGGAGCAGGGUUCGUCGGUGGUGUGCUUGGCGGGCUUAUGGUCGAGGGUAUGAUGUCCGAUGCUGCUGUUGCGUGCGACGCCGGCUAUGACAAUGGAUUCGACCCUGCGGGUAGCUUUUGACAUGUAGGAAUCCUCCUCACUUGUGUCAAAACAAAUAUGCAGUUUUCACUUCCCAUGUCGCAACAAAUAUUAUUAUUGCGACUUUUAUAUACCUAUAUUCUUCUUGGUAACAAUGUAACUUAUUAUCAGGUUGCAAAAUUUAUGUCCUAAUAAACUGACACAAGUACAAGUA